CCGCCUUGACUGGGUUGAUGCAGAAGAUAUAACCUAAAAAUAACACGAACCGAACAGCAAAGUAUCAAGAAGAAGCAAGAAGAUACUGAAGCGGUGAAUUGUUUGCGAGAGAGAGAGAUGGGUGGUAAUAACAGACAACACAGAUUCAGAAAUCAUCGCCCCAAUCAUGCUCAAUCCAGUCGACACAACCAACUCUCACUAGACAACGAAAAUCAAAGCUGCGUUCAAGAACCCUGUGAGGGUGAUAAUGAAGAAUCAGAUGAACUCGCACAACCCAAAAUCAAGCUUGCAAUGUGGGAUUUUGGGCAAUGUGAUGCCAAAAAGUGCACAGGACGCAAGCUUUCAAGACUGGGUUUUCUAAAAGAGUUACGUGUGACUAAUGGUUUUGGGGGAAUUGCUUUAAGUCCAGUUGGAACGCAAUGUGUCUCCAGAGAAGAUUACUCUUUAAUCCAGAAUAAAGGAUUGGCUGUUGUGGAUUGCUCGUGGGCACGCUUAGAUGACGUGCCUUUUGUGAAGUUGCGCUGCGCUGCUCCUCGCCUUUUGCCAUGGCUUGUAGCGGCAAACCCAAUAAAUUAUGGUCGGCCAUGUCAGCUAUCUUGUGUAGAGGCCUUGGCUGCUGCUUUGACAAUAUGUGGAGAAGAAGAAACAGCAAAUCUGUUGCUUGGCAAGUUUAACUGGGGUCACGCUUUUUCGUCUCUGAAUAAGGAAUUACUGAAGGCCUACUCUAAAUGCCAAAACAGUGCUGAAAUUAUUUCUGUUCAAAAUGAUUGGCUAUCACAAGCACGUCAGGUUCCAAAGGCUCCCACUGAUAGCGAAGUUGUUAAGCAAGAAAAUGAAGAUAAUGAUCAAAACUCUUCUGAUUCUGAUGAUGGGCUUCCACCUCUUGAAAGGAACAUGAAUCAUUUGACCAUAGAAAAUAGUGAUGAAGAGAGUGAGUAGAUUUGUUUUUAAUCUGACACUGGAUACUUCUCUAACAGUGCUGCAAUACUGGAAUCAAUAUGGACAUGUGAUCAAUGAAGAAUUGCAUAGCAGAAAACAUUUCAGCUGAGAUAUGCGUCAUCUUGGGUGGUGAAUUGUUUCCAGCGUUUCUCUUAUAUUUUAAAAUAUUUAAAUUUAAAAGAGUGUCAGCAAGUUGUAAGUUUUACAUGUAUUUUCCCUCUGUAAGUCCUUGAUGUUUCUGUAAUUUUCGUUCAGUUUUAAUUAUAAAAAUGUCAAGUUAUUUACUAUAUCA